CCUCCCUACCUGGGGCUCCAAAGAAGAUGGGACCUGCCACGAGUCUGCAGUCACCCGCUAAGGAUAUGGAAGGAGCUGUGGGUGCCCGAGGUGCCCGGGGAGAGACGUCAGCCGGCAAAGUGCAAUAGCAGAUAUGGUGAUGAGGCUGCCUGUCCUCUGGAGGUGUUGGGAGAGAAGGGGAGUCUGGCCCAUGCUGACUGGAGUCCUCCCGGGCUGGCUUUGAACUCAUCACCAAUGGGAUAUUUCUGUAAAUGAGUGGCUCCUAGAGUCAGAGUGGCAUUUGGAGAACGAGGCUGGAUUGGCUUUGGCUGGCCUGGGCAGGGAGUGCCACUUCCUGGGCUAGAGACAAGCACCAGCCUGCAGUGGGGAGCUGAGGGUCCAGAAGACGGCCAAGGCCUCAGAGGACUGGCCUGGGAAGGUCCCCAGUCUUCCCUCUCCUCGGUGCCCGAGAGCUCUGCCCACUGAAGAGUGAGGAGUCCGGAGAGAGAGGAGGCGGGGAAAGCAGCCCGAAGAGCAGGAGCAAAAAGAGAAUCCAUGGCACAGAUCUGUGGAGUGGUGAAUUAUCCAAGCAUUCAGGAAACAAACAUGUCUUGUUGAAACAAACCUAAAAGGGACCUUUCCAGCUGACACAGGAAGCCCCGGAGUGUCCUUUGCACACACCCCACACAGACACAUGGAACUACUUUGAGCCACUUCAGGUACAGAAACAUCCUAGUGGGCACCCCCGGCCCGCUCUUCCGUGUGGUUCCAGCCCAGGGCUCCCUGAAGGCAAGGCCAGGGAAGCACUUUGGAAGAGUCACUUCGCCUCCUGGGCCUCCCGUCUCCGUCCGUCAGAUCUGCACGGCCAUGUGGCUCGGAGCUGUUGGUGGAACUGAACAGGGCCUAAGGCAAACUCAAAACCAGUAAGGCACCAUGUUCCGCAAGAAAAAAAAGAAACGCCCUGAGAUCUCAGCCCCACAGAACUUCCAGCACCGCGUCCACACCUCCUUCGACCCCAAAGAAGGCAAGUUCGUGGGCCUCCCCCCACAGUGGCAGAACAUCCUGGACACACUGCGGCGACCCAAGCCCGUGGUGGACCCUUCACGCAUCACCCGGGUGCAGCUCCAGCCCAUGAAGACAGUGGUGCGGGGCAGUGCGGUGCCCACAGACGGCUACAUCUCCGGGCUGCUCAAUGAUAUCCAGAAGUUGUCGGUCAUCAGCUCCAACACCCUGCGCGGCCGCAGCCCCACCCGUCGGCGGCGGGCACAGUCCCUGGGGCUGCUGGGGGACGAGCGGUGGGCCGCUGACCCGGACACGUACCUGCAGAGCCCCCAGUCUGAGCGCAGCGACCCCCACGGCCUCUACCUCCGCUGCAACGGGGGCGCCCCGGCAGGACGCAGGCAGGUGCCGUGGCCCGAGCUGCAGAGCCCGCGGGUCCUGCCCAAUGGGCUGGCCGCCAAGGCACACUCCCUGGGCCCCACUGAGUUCCAGGGUGCCACGCAGCGCUGCCUGCAGCUGGGCGCCUGCCUGCAGAGCUCCCCAACCGGCACCUCACCCCCGACGGCCACGGGCAGGCGUGGGACCAAGACUGCCGGGCACGGCUCCGAGGAGGCCCGGCCACGGUCCUGCCUGCUGGGCUCGGCGGCAGGCAGGCCGGGCGGGGAGGGCAGCCCCAGCCCUAAGACCCAGGAGAGCAGCCUGAAGCGCCGGCUGUUCCGAAGCAUGUUCCUGUCUGCUCCCGCCGCCCCUCCGAGCGGUGGCAAGCCUGGCCCUCCACCACAGAGCAAGCCCAGCUCGUCUUUCAGACUGCUGCAGAGAGACUGCUCCCCAAGCCUGGUGGCCAAGGCCCAGUCCUUGCCCUCAGACCAGCCCGCGGCGACCUUCAGCCCUCUGACCGCCUCGGAUACCAGCAGCCCCCAGACGUCCCUCCGCACAGCCCUAGCUGCCGGCCCUCCUCCAGGCCGCUCUUCCCCAGCGGGCUCCCCCCGCACCCGGCAUGCCCAGAUCAGCACCAGCAACUUGUACCUGCCCCAGGACCCCGCAGUGGCCAAGGGUGCCCUGGCUGGCGAGGACACGGGCGUUGUGACGCACGAGCAGUUCAAGGCUGCACUCAGGAUGGUGGUGGACCAGGGUGACCCCCGGCUACUGCUGGACAGCUACGUGAAGAUUGGCGAGGGCUCCACGGGCAUCGUCUGUCUGGCCCGGGAGAAGCACUCAGGCCGCCAGGUGGCCGUCAAGAUGAUGGACCUCAGGAAGCAGCAGCGCAGGGAGCUGCUCUUUAAUGAGGUGGUGAUCAUGCGGGACUACCAGCACCUCAACGUGGUGGAGAUGUACAAGAGCUACCUGGUGGGCGAGGAGCUGUGGGUGCUCAUGGAGUUCCUGCAGGGUGGGGCCCUCACGGACAUCGUCUCCCAAGUCAGGCUGAAUGAGGAGCAGAUCGCCACUGUGUGCGAGGCCGUGCUGCAGGCCCUGGCUUACCUGCAUGCCCAGGGUGUCAUCCACCGGGACAUCAAGAGCGACUCCAUCCUGCUGACCCUGGAUGGCAGGGUGAAACUCUCAGACUUCGGAUUCUGUGCACAGAUCAGCAAAGAUGUCCCUAAGAGGAAGUCCCUGGUGGGAACCCCCUACUGGAUGGCUCCUGAAGUGAUCUCCAGGUGUCUGUAUGCGACCGAGGUGGAUAUCUGGUCUCUGGGCAUCAUGGUGAUUGAGAUGGUGGAUGGAGAGCCACCCUACUUCAGUGACUCCCCAGUGCAAGCCAUGAAGAGGCUCCGGGACAGUCCCCCACCCAAGCUGAGGAACUCUCACAAGGUCUCCCCAGUGCUGCGAGACUUCUUGGAUCGGAUGCUGGUGCGGGACCCCCAGGAGAGAGCCACGGCCCAGGAGCUCCUGGACCACCCCUUCCUGCUGCAGACGGGGCUGCCCGAGUGCCUGGUGCCCCUGAUCCAGCUCUACCGCAAGCAGACCUCCACCUGCUGAGCCCGACCCCAGAGUGCACCUGCCACCUGUGCCCACAGGCAGGGGACACUAGGCCACCAGCUUGCCAACAGGGCCUGCCUGCCUGCCUGCCUCAUUCUCUCAGUAUUCUCUCCAAAGAUUGAAUGUGAAGCCCCAACCCUGCCCUCCUGCCCCUCAGCCCACUGGGCCAGGCCGGACCUGCCCCUCGGUCAUUUUCCCUCCCAAGAGUCCCCAGUUGCGUUUGGGAUGAUGGAGACCCCUUCUGCAGGAUGACGCUUUGUUAUUUGCACAGGGAUAUUUGUAUGAAACAUGGAGACCAGCGCUUCUGGCCACUGUGGCCAACACAGCAGAAAGGGCUGCUGCGUUUGUUUUUUUAAGUAGCUGUACACAAGCAUCCCAGGUCACCCAAGAGGCAGACUCCUGGUCUUCAUCAGGAUGCUUGCUGUUCUCAGCUCCAAUUCCAAACCCUGGGGUCUGAGAGGGCCACAGGGAAGGUAUUUAUUGCCUGAAUCUGUCUUCCUCCCUUGUGUCUUACUCCCUAAAGGCACAGUCCCACCUGUACCUGCUUCCCGACCCACUUGUGCUGACAACACUCUCCCUGCACAGCCCACGCCUGACUGUGAACAGUCUGCUCAGAGGCCAUGGUGAGGGGGGUAGUUUUCUGGGUGAAAGAGGACGAAGGCAGCUGGUGGUAAAGGUGUUCUCACUUUACAGGAUGCGUGUGCGUGCACGUGUGUGUGUGUAGGAAGGUCACCUAUGACUGUCUUCGGUUAGGCUUCUCCAUCUUCUCUCCCACUGAGUUCUGCUCUGAAGGUGACCUGCUUUCUUGGCCUGGCUUCCCACCUCUCAAGUCCUGGGUUUCUACCUGACCAGUGAAGAGGUGUGUGUUGAGUUGAACACAUCCUGGGGGCUUGGCAGUUUCUCCGGUACUGUGGAGUCUGAGAGCCAUGGAUCAGAAUGGUGAGGGAACAAAGUUGUUUUACCUGCGAGUUUCAUCUCAACAACCAGGUCAUCAGGGACCCAGCUCUUCUUUUGUGUGCUUGGGGUACCCAUUCUUUUGAAAAUCCUGGUCUGGGGGAGGUGAACCAGCUCUGGGGUUCCAUCAUGUCCCUGGAAUGGGUACCCCAUUUGUGCAAACCACCUGCCCCUAGCAGCCUCCUCAGACACCUGUCUCUCUGUCCUCCUCCCCUCCCCACCUUCAGGGCUGAUGUGAGACAGGGAAUCCCAGGGAAGAACUCCAGGUGUCUGGACCCUAUCUAGAUAAUAUUUUUAGAUUCCUCUGUUCCUAGUGGCCUGCUUUGGGGCAAAAAAAACAAAAAAAACAAAAAACGAGGACUUUUUUAAGGGUCAGAGUUUUAAAAACAAAAGCAUCUUCCCUUUUGUGAAUUGUUUGCACUUGUGCCUGUUUUAAAUUAAACUGAGUGU